UUUUGAACAAAGUCAAUAACUAUGAUAAGUAUCAAAAGAGUAUCAUAUAUGUAGCUUCUGAGUUUUGAAUAUGUAUGAUAUAGGGUUCAUACAUCUAUCAUUAAGUGGUAUUUGGUUAAAAGGUGUUCAUGUUGUUUCAUUUCAGCUUAAUCAAUCUCAAUAUGCAUUUCAUUAUGUAAUAAUGAGAUCUUUACCUAAAUAUCUUUUAGCCUUUAGUUAAUUAGGUUGAGUUUUAUAUUGAUAAAUAGUAUAUGUUUUGUGUCUGUGUGAACGGAUUCAGUGAAUUAAUCACAAGGAGGGACAAUGAUCCUGUUUGGCACAUGGUCCUCCAUGGAUGCUUCCAUAAUCCCAUCAUUACAUGCUUAUUAUUGACCAUAAUCUAAUAUUUACAGUUAACCUUUGACUGUAAAUGUAAAAAGUAAGCUUCUAAAGUUUAAAAAUCCAAAAUGUUGAUUGUAUUAAAUAAUCUUUACUCAGAUGUAGACAAACAAAGAAUAAAUAUAAAGUAUUAGACAAUCUGGUGGGAUUGUAUUUUUGUUCAUCAAUGUUUUCAAGAUUAUAUUGUGUGAAUUUCCGCCAUUACUCUGCAACUCCUUUUCCUUUCAGUCCUGUCGACCAUGGCAAAUCCGUGAAAGAGACAACAGGUGGCAGUUUUUGUGUUUUUUAGCAGGAUUCUUCUCAUAAUCUUAUCCUACGCACCCCUCCAUCUCAUCUCUUGUACCUAUCGCCUUCCCUUUCUUCCUACUGUUUCCAGUAUUCGAGUUAAAUGGGUUGCAUUCCUCCAAUCAAACAAACGCACUUUUCCCUUUUUUUUAUGAGCUGUAAGAGUAAGUGUAAGUUGAAAGGAUAGAACAGAAGAAGAAGAAGAAGAAAGCAAAUUCCAUCGUCUUUUCAAGAAAUUCGUGGAUUAUUUUUGGCAAAUGUGUUGUUCGUGUGAUAGAAGACAUCAAUGUGGUUGAAUUCGAAUAGAGUGGAUGGACGUAUGUGAAUCAAAUCAAGCAUCAGACACCCGAAAGAUCAAAAACAAUGGAAGAAUUCAUCGGGACGUUAAUUCAAGGUACAAAUCACCUACACCACGGCGUUUUCCUUCUCCAAACACCAAAACAACAGUCACAACUUCAACGUCAGCGCCGAUUUCAAAGAGAGCUGUAUCCGCCGGACGCAGACAACCGCCAGCGGCAGCAACACCACCGUCGCCGCCGUCCCCCUCCACCCCAGUUCACGAUACAUCUAUUUACACCGAACUCGCCGCAAGAAAGGCGACUGGUAGUAGUAAAUUGCCGGAGUCGUUAUGGCCUUCAAGAAUGCGAAGCCUAAAUGUUGCUUUCCAAUCAACAGCAUUUUCAAUGCCGAUUAGUAAGAAAGAGAAGCCUCCUCCUCAAGCCAUGUUUGAUCGGACAUUGAAGCCUUCGUCAAAUGUCGGCCAUAAACCGACUGUAACACCACCACAACCGACAUACCGGAAAGCUACGCCGGAGAGAAAUAGAAGUCCUCUCAAAGGCAAAAACACCAUCGAUCACUUAGAAAAUUCUAAACCUUUCGAUCGAUUUGAUCACCAUAGAUGGCCUAACAGAACCGGGUCUUCUAAUGUUUUAACCAAAAACAUCGACCCACCCGAUCAUGAACCCGUAACUCCAAAAUCCACAAACGGAAAUUCAAGAAAACCAUCGUCGCUUUCCUAUAAUCCACAAAGAAUAUCCAAUCUUUUUUCCGAAAAAAACUCAAUUCGAUCUCAGUCGCCAAAUAAGUCAUCUGGUAUCAUUUCACGAGGUGUCAGUCCAUCGCGAACAAGGGUUUUAAUUUCUCCACCACCACCACCACCACCCACCGCCGCUAGAGGCGCCAGUCCUAGUCGCGGCGUGACGUCAUCUACUCCUACUCCUUCCCCCCAAUUACGCAAUUCGAAUACAGUCUCUGUUCUCACAUUUAUCGCCGACAUUAAAAAGGGGAAAAAGGUUGCAAAUCGAAUAGAAGACGCUCAUAAUCUACGCCUACUUUACAACCGGCAAGUCCAGUGGCGUUUCGUUAACGCCGGCGCGGAAGCCACCUUAAAUUCUCAGAAACUAACGGCUGAGAGAUCUUUACUUAAUGCACAGAGAACAACGUCACGACUUCAAGAUUCAGUAACUGCAAAGAGGGUUAACAUCAACCAGAUGAAACUGCAGUUAAAGCUUUACUUGAUUUUAAUGACUCAAACUGGUUACUUAAAUCAAUGGUGUUCAAUUGAAAGAGACCAUAACUUUGCAUUACAUGGUGCUAUUGAAGAUCUAAAAGCAAGUACUUUACGCCUUCCUGUUACCGGAUGGGCAACGGCAAAUAUACAAAGUGUGAAGUCAGCGGUUUAUUCAGCUAUUCAAGUAAUGCAGUCGAUUGGAUCCUCCUUACAAUCUACACUAUCAAGAUUGGAGGGGACAAAUUGGGUGGUUUCUGAACUUGCAACUGUAGCAGCACAAGAAAGAGCUCUUCUUGAUCAAUGUGAAGCUUUAUUAACUUGUGCAUCUUCUCUGCAGGUAGAGGAAUACACCCUUAGGACACAUCUCAUACAGUUGAAACAAGAUUUGAAGAGUCUAUGAUUUCGCCCAUAAAUGACUCCAUCCAUGUUCUACACUAACUUCACUUUAUAUUCUUAAGAAAAAAAAGAAAAUACGUCAACGACAACAUAUAGUGUGUGUACAGUUUUCUUUUGUGUGUGUGUGUGAGUGCUUCUUUUUCUCCCAUCACUUUAGGAGAGGUGUUGGGGGUAAUUAUAGCAAAAAAAUGUUACCGGUUUAUGUAUCCAUAUCAAUGGUAAUGCAAUGGUUCUAGCUUUAUUCC